AUGGAAACUUAUUCUCUGCAAGAUCUUGUAAAAGGGGUUCAUGACUCUGUUGAUUAUUUAUGCAACUAUCCAGUUGAUUUUAUAACAGGCUACAACAACUCAGGUCUUUCUUUAUUUUAUCAGCUCAAGCCUCUUUUACGAAGUCUCAUGUCAGAUUCCCCAGAUGCCUCUCAAAUAGAAAACAAGCUUCAAUCUGAAUACCGCUUAAACCAAGAACAAGCUCGAGGGGUGACUGAAGCUUUUCUCCUCAGAAGAGCUGACAUUCAAAGCUACAUGGUCUCUAAUGUCUUGAGCUCCUGCAAAGUUGACAAUUUUGAUUGGAAUAUCAGCUUAGUUAUGAGCACAUCAAAUAAAGCCAAUCUUGGCAUCCCUCUGCUGCAGCUAGAGCUUAGCACAAAAGAUGAAAAUAAUGAUGAACAAAAGUGCGUAUUAGAGUUCACAUUUACAGAACUGAAUGAUUUUAUUAGCAAACUACAGCAAAUCCAACAAGUUUGCUUGAGUUACUCAAGUAAUUAA